AUGAGUACAGACGAAAGUAAGCUGACUAGCUUCCAAAAGAAACGUCUAGAGAAUAUCAAAAGAAAUAAUGAUUUGCUGAAAAAAUUGAAGCUAAAUAGUAUAAUUGACUUGCCCAAGGCAGAAAAUAAGUUACACAAACCCAAAGCUGCACCAAAAAAGAAAAGUGUCCCCAAACGCAAGAUUGAGAAAGAACCUAGCGUGCCAACGAGGAGAUCGCGUCGUCUACAAGGCCAAGUUGCUGAAAAAGUGGACCCUAAUGCAAUUGAUUUGGAGAGGCCGUUCAAAGACGAGAAAAAGCCAUUUGAAGAUAUCAGCAUUAUAGGUGACAUCAAGCUAUCCGACUUGGUAAAAGAUGAGGAUCGCUUGGCAAGGCUGGACAGCUUGAAAUUAUCCAGUGGGGAUUUUUUCAACGAGUUGAAGGAGCUACAGUCGCAAUCCACUGUUAAAGGUGCUGAUAUAGACGAGUUUGAUUCUAUGAAAAUGGUCAGCAGCAAAGUUAUCUACGAGAGAGUAUCGUCUUUGUAUUGUCAUCCAGAUAAGGACACUAAUAUAGUGGUCGCUGGGGACAUUUCUGGUAAUCUGGGUAUCUGGAAAGCAGACUUGGAGCAGGACGAAGUGGAACAGACGGACGAUGUCACGAGAUUCCAGCUAUUUCGAAAAAAUAUCGGGAGAAUUGAUUGCUUCCCAACUGAAACUGGGAAGUUGUUGGCAACGAGUUAUGAUGGUUUUGUUCGGUCAGUGGACUUAAACCAACUAGAGAGCGAAGAAAUCCUUCAAUUGAAGAAUGAAUACGAUGAUGCUCUUGGCGUGAGCGAUUGUCAGUUCAGUUAUGAGGACCCCAAUGUAUUAUUUUUGGUCACUCUCAGCGGGGAGUUUACCACUAUCGAUCUCAGAGAAGCAAAAAAUACGGCUAGUGUAAAGUUUAGACGGUUAGCCGACAAGAAAAUUGGAUCGAUGUGCAUAAACCCAAAGCAACCGUUCCAAAUUGCAACAGGUUCCUUGGACAGGACAAUGAGAAUAUGGGACAUUAGGAAACUUGUUGACAAGCCCGAAUGGUCACAGUAUGAAGAUUUUCCAAGUCAUGAAGUCAUUGCGACAUACGACUCACGUCUCAGCGUCUCAGCAGUGUCAUACUCCCCAAGCGAUGACACGCUGGUUUGCAACGGUUACGAUGACACCAUCCGACUGUUCGACGUCAGUGACAAAAGUCUGACCGAGGAGUUGCACCCGAAGUUAACUUUGAAGCACAACUGUCAAACGGGACGAUGGACAAGUAUCUUGAAGGCAAGAUUCAAACCAAACAAAAACAUCUUCGCGAUCGCCAACAUGAGCAGAGCCAUCGACAUUUACACGAGUGACGGGACGCAGUUGGCGCAUAUGAACACGCCGACUGUCCCUGCAGUAAUCAAUUGGCACCCUUCGAAAUUGUGGCUUGCUGGCGGGAACUCCAGCGGUAAAGUGUUCCUUUUCAGCGACCAAUCGUGCAGAGUCAAGCAAGAAGUGGCAAGCUGA